GGGCUCCUUAUUUUAAAGCCCUCUAGAAAAUUGGGUGUCAACUCAGAAACAAGAGAGAAGAGCAGUUUGAAUCCCGCAAAAUCAGUCUCAUAAUCGCAAUGGGUACCUGAGAAGUAUUUGAUUCGACUUGGAAAGGAAAACUUGAAGAUCAGGUGGCUUAAGGCAGUGUGACGUAUACAGAACGGAACCAAGUGUCAAUGGAGCGCCAUCAUAAGGCUUUGGCAACUACAAGUCAUCAAUCUCAAGGUGCUGGCAGUUACAGUUUAGUUGACAGAUUUAGUAGUCUUCCUGAUGCGGUUGUUUCUCACAUUCUUUCAUACCUCAAUGCAUUCGAUCUCAUUCAAGUGAGCAGUGUGUCCAAAAAAUGUGGGGAACUAAGUGUUUCAGUCUCGGGAUUAGACUUUGAUGUAAAUGCAAUGCCUGGAGGGAAAGUCUGGUGGAUGCGAUCAAAACUGUUGAAUUAUUUGGAUAGGCUCUGGAUGCGACGCGAGAAUAUCAACAUAGAUAGGUUCCGUGUCUGUUGGGUUUUUGAAGGAGUGACUUCACGUACCUGUGAGGAGCAUUGUCGAGUGAUCUCAUGGAUCUAUGCUGCUGUGAGGUGCAAUGUUGAAAAGUUAGAUCUUCAGAUCACUCUGAACUACAAAGAGAAACCUACAAGUUUAGAGUUGCCAGGUUGCACCUUCCGUUGUGCAUCUUUGACGUCCCUAACACUAGACUUGAAGUUCUGUAUUCUUAAAACUCCCUCAGUCUCCAGUUGCACUAAUCUCCAAUCCUUACUGUUAAGAAGUGUUUGCAUAGAGAAGGAUUUUUUUGAAUGGAUCUCAAGUUCGUGCCAAUGCAUCAAGGAGUUAACCAUUGACUGUGUUCUUAGUUCGACAAUUAUCUGCAUUGAGAUUCCAUCUUUGGAAUUCAUUCAUUUCGUGUUUGUGGGUAGGCGUCAACUAUACACAGACAUUGAUGCUCUUAGCAUUUCUGGUGAAAAUCUCCAACAUAUACAUGUUGAGCAUAUUGACUUGAGAUCAUCAGCUUGUCACUAUAAAUUAAGUAUUACGGCUCCAAAUGUGAAGUAUUUGAAAUUAAAUGGGAAUGUCGCUCAUCGUCUAUCUGUGGAAAAAUUCAUACAUUCAGAAGAAGCUGUGAUUUUUCUUAAUCCGGGGGAAGGUGGAUUUGACAAGGUGGUAUUUGAUGUGGUUAGCUGUAUACUUGGGGUUAAAGUUCUUCGUUUGAACGCAACGACCAUAAAGGCUCUGUUCAAAUAUGAGGGAUCCAUGCUCGGACAAUUUGACAAUAUCCGUCAGCUCUAUAUCCAUACCAAGGGUUUGGAGAAAGACCUAAUUGCGGCAGUGGUUUCUCUUCUAAGUGGAAUGCCUACUUUGAGUUCUUUAAACAUAAAGUCUGAGCCAAAUAACAGGCAAUUAAAAUGUGUGGAACCAACUAGUGUAUCUGUGGGUAAAAAGUGGAGAGCCCAAAGAAUGGCUUGUAUUGACCAACUUAAGGAGGUGACAAUAGAGAUUUCCAAUGGGAACAAGGAAUUGGAGUUGGCAAGAUUCUUGUUGGAGGAUGCUAAGAAUUUGAAGAAGAUGGUCUUACAGUUGAGUGACUGGUCAUACUCUCCAAAGAAAGUAUUGCUAGCAAGGAAGUUGUCGUCGUAUUCAUCAAAUCUUAAUAUGGCAGCAAACAUAGACCAUAUCAAUUCUACUGCCACAAUUGUCUUUGAGGCUGCUUAACGAAAACCAAGUGCGAAUCCACUCCUACGGUCCAGCUUCAAGUUUAUUAUGCUGAUGCAUAUAUCUAUUUUGAAUGAACUUUGAUUAAGUGAAAAAUAGAUAUAUCUAUUUUGCAUAUAUCUACUGAUUUUAUUUUGAAUCAGAUAUAGAAUAUGGAAUUCUAUUCCUUAUGUUGAUUGUGGUUAUUUGCUUGUUAUGUUGGGUCUCAUUUAUCAUGUCGGGUAUGUGCUUGGAUUUUUUUGUAUCAUGAAGAUGCUUGUGCACCUAUAUGAUUAUGAUAUGUA